AUUUUUGCCAAAUAACAAUAAAAAAUGAAAGACGGGAAAAGUAAGACAAGCAUGAAAGGGAGUUUCUAGCUAACCCUGAAAGUCAAUGGUUACUUGUUUUUCUUUAAUAGGUUGCGUCCUGCGGCCUCAAGCAGCAAUCCAUUGUCUAUGCUGUAUUUUAGUAUCUACCCACGGCCGCAGGCAGCUCGCAGGCUCGCUGUCAAAUUUCGCAACCUGCUUAUUUGCUUUCCCGGCACAACCAUCAACACAAGCCCAUUUUCUGAUUUCCGAUGAAGAACUCCGGCAACCACACCGUCGUCGCCGUCUCCAGGUCCCCUGCCAUGUCUUCUUCAAUGGAUCAGAAAAUCUGGAGCAGGUUGCCGCCCGAACUCCUCGAGCACAUCCUCUCUUUCCUCCCACUCAAAACCUUCUUGAAUCUGAGAUCCACUUGCAAGGCCUUCAGGUCUCUCAUUUAUUCUCCCUCCUUCAUCACCAAGCACUCUUCAUCUUCUUCUUCUUCUCAACCUUUCUCGUCGUUUUUCUUGUUGUCUCAUCCCCAAUUCCACUGUCAAUUCCCUCUCUACGACUCUGUGCUUGGCUCCUGGCGCGACGUCUUUCUCUCUUUCUCCGAUUUAUUUCACAUCUCUGCUCACUCUGUUCUGGUCUCUUCCUCCGGUGGCCUCUUUUGUUUGUCCGACUUCAAUUCAUCUUCCUUGCUUGUUUGCAACCUCUUGGCCAAAUCCUCCAGAAAGAUCGAUCUCCCAACCUACUCUUAUCGUUUGGAGCAUCUUACUCUCGUCUCUACUCCGAUCGGGUACAAGAUAUUCGUGCUCUCUUCUGAGUCAGCCUCAAACAGUGCCUUCGUUUACGACUCAGGUGCACUUUGUUGGGAACGGUUUGAUUGUUCUGAUUUGAUUCUGAGCGACAACUAUCACCAGCAAGGUGUUUUCUACAAUGGCGGCUUGUACUUCACGACUCCGGAACCAUUUUCAGUGGUUCGCUUUGAUUUUGGGAGCGGAAAAUGGCAGAGGCCCAACAGUUCACUGCCGAGCCGACUGUCAUUUGUUCGAAUGGUCAGUGACGGAGAGAAGAUGUUAUAUCUUGUUGGUGGCGUAGGAAGCAAUGGAAUCUCAAGGAGCAUAAAGAUAUGGGAAAUGAGUGAACUGGGGAAUUGGGUGGAAAUGGAGACGUUGCCGGAGUUGAUGUGCAGAAAAUUUGUGUCGAGAUCUUAUACUACAAAGUUUCAAGGAGGACUUGGCAUUGGCUUCCCAGGUGCCCCUCUUUGCCCGAUAAAUGGAGCUGUGGUUUUAAGUGGUUCUCUUUCGUUCCCAAGCUAUAUGCUCUUGUCUGACCCCGUUUCUCUUCAUCUUCCCUUGUACAUUCUUUCUUUAUACUUCGGAUGUGUGUGCGCGCGCUUUUCUGAAAUCUUCUUGAGUUUUGGAUCUAGUUUUGUUUGUGGACCUUGUGUAAAGAUUUAAGCGUGAUUCACUGUACAUUUUCAAGGGAUGUGACAACUUUUGUUUU